AUGGCUAAGAUCGCGCCACCUCAUCAAUCCAUGCAAGCCAAUCAUGCUGAGGUGCAGGCUAUGCAUCGGGAACAACUGCAGCAGCAACAACAACGUAAUGUUGCUUAUACUUAUCGACACAUCAUUUUGGCUUACAUGGGCCUUAAGCCAACAAAGUUUGACGGUUCUAAAGAUGCUCUAGACUUCCUGGAGGAAGUAGAACAGUAUGUGACCGAGUUUACGAGGUCUAGUAGAUUUGCGCCAGAUCUGACUGCAGAUCCAGUAAGGGUGAAUUCGAGGUUUGUAGAGGGCUUAGGACCUGAAUUCGUGAGUUUGACAUUUGAUACAGGAAAACCUUUGGUGCAACUGAUUGAUAGCGCCAGGCAGAUGAAGGUUUCUUUGAUCCGGUUUAAGAGGACUCCUGAUCCUUCUAACAUUGUGCCCAUAAGGAAACGCAAGAGAGCUCGACAUGGAUCUCGAGCUAGUGCGUCCGACACAGGGUUUGGUGCCAGACCUAUGAGCGGUGUAGGAAGUGGAGCUCCUAUCUGUCCGACUUGUAAUAAGAGGCACUAUGAAGUGUGCCACAACGUUUCUGGAGCUUGUUUUUAUUGUGGCCAGCAGGAUCACUUUGCUAGGGAUUGUCCACGACAGAUGCCUCGAGGCUUAAUGAAUACAGUAGCGCAACCUUCCUAUCAUCAGCAGAGAACUACACAUCAGGCAGCGUCAGGAUAUGAUCAGACGGGAAGCACAUUCACUAGCCAGAGAGGCCGAGGCUGGUGGAAGUCAGGCCAAGGUUUUUGCAUUGAAUCCUUAGUAGGCUCAGGCUUCCAAUGCUAUUGUGCAAGCUUUGCUAAUAAGUUAGGAGUGCAACUAGCAUAUCUUAAGAAUCCCUUAUCAGUAGCCGCUCCAUUAGUUGAAAGCGUGAAAGUUAGUAUCGUUUAUCCAUCUUGUCCCGUGAGUGUUCAAGGACGAGAUUUGUUUGUGGAAUUGAUCUUACUUAAGCACUAUGCCAAUGUGGAUUGUCGGAAAAAGACAGUAACAUUUAACACGCCCGGAAUUGAACCAGUUUCAAUUCAGGGUGACAAGAAAAAAUCUCCUAUGAGUAUCGUUUCAGCUAUUAAAGGUUGCCAUAUGUUAAGGAAAGGAUGUCAAGGAUUUCUAGCCAUAGUACGAGACAUGGAGAAGAAAUAUGUGGAAUUAAGCGAUGUACCAGUAGUAUCGGAAUAUCCAGAUGUCUUCCCAGAGGAAUUACCUGGAUUACCCCCAGAUCGCGAGAUAGAGUUUUGUAUCGAGUUGGCUCCCGGUACGAAGCCGAUAUCAAUACCUCUUUAUCGCAUGGCACCUACAUAG